UGGGAGGUACUUAGUUCCUUCAUAAAUAGACCAGCAAUUCAGUCAAAGAUUGUUACUCAACCAGACACUUCCAGACAACACUUGGUACUAUAACUAUUCAGAUCUUCUGCAAGGUUCAAUCCAGCAGCCGUUACAGAUUCCAGCAUUAAAAUGACUGAUUCAGAACAAAACACUAACCUGAAGAUUGAAGAAAGCAGAACACGAGUGUUAAAAACACAAGAAUACACCAAAAUAGAAGAACUUGGACGAGGAGUUUCAGGAAUAGCAUUUCUGGUGCAGAGCAAAGAGGGAAAUUUCUAUGCAGUCAAAGAGAUCAACUACAGAGAUAAGUUAGAUCUGGACAGAAUCAAAGAGGAAGUCAAGAUCUUGAGAAGUCUGAAGCAUCCAUAUAUUGUUGAUUAUGAGGAAUCAUUUGAAGAUGAAGCUAUUGGACGCUUCUUCAUUGUGAUGGAGUAUUGUGAAGGAGGAGAUCUUUACAAGAAUAUGCAAGCACAGGGAUUGAAUGGUUUUUUUGAAGAGCAACAGAUCCUUGACUGGCUGGUUCAGAUUUGUUUGGCCCUGCAGCAUCUUCAUGAGAAUAACGUUCUUCACAGAGAUAUAAAGCCUCAGAAUGUUUUUCUGACAAAGGAUGGCUACAUUAAUCUAGGAGAUUUUGGAUGCUCAAAAGCAUUACAAACAGCAGACAUAUAUGCGAAAUCAGUUGUCGGUGCAGACCUGUAUGUUAGCCCAGAAGUACAUACACAAAACUAUAAUUCCAAAAGUGACAUAUGGUCAUUGGGAUGGUUGCUCCAUGAUCUUUGCAUGCUGAAUGUGUGGUCAGAUCUUAUUGAACGCUCCUAUUUACAUGCUCUCAGCAAGAAAGGAAACCUGCCUCCCAUCUCAGAGAGAUACUCAGAAGAACUGCGGGAAUUAAUCAGACAAAUGCUCAACUGUGACCCUGAAAACCGACCUUCAGCUAAAGAGAUUCUAGAAAAAACAUUCCUGAAUGAUGCAGUAGAAAGAAACAAGACAAUUCCAAACUCACUGGAACAAAGAUUCAUGAAGGCCACUGAGAUACUUGAGGAGACCUACAAUGAAUUUGAAGACUUUCUUAGUGAAUGGAAAAACAUAACCGAUUCACUAGAGAAUAUACACCGUAAAUGCACUAUAGGCAGUCUGACAGGUUCAGUGAUUGGAGCAGCUGGAGGAAUCACUGCAUUAGUUGGUGCGAUUUUGAUACCUUUCACUUUAGGGGUGUCUGUGAUUGUAUCAGGUGUUGGUAUUGGAGUUGGAAUUGCAGGUGGUGCAACAAGUUUUGCCUCAAAUAUGAUCAAUUUAUUAAAACAAAAAUCACUCAGUGAGAGCUUUGAAAAACUUUUGAAGUACCAAAAUGUGAGUCAACUGAUUCUCUGUUCACCUGAGAUACUGAGGUUACUGAGAAGAAUCCAAAAGUUCAGACAUUUGUUUGCAUUCUCAAUGUUUCAUGAUUUAAACAUAUCAUGGUGGGUAGAAAGAAGUACCUUUAUAUUAGUUCACGCCAUGUGUAUAUUUGGAAAUGUUGGCAGAGCUGGUGUUCAGGCAGGUAUACAGGCUGCCAGAGUAGGACGAGCAGCAGCAGUAACAGCAGAAGCAGUAGCCGCAGCCUCAGGUGUGUUAAGUGCACUUUUUCUCAUACUUGAUGUCGCCUUCAUAGCAAUAGAUUCCCGUGAGAUUCACCAAAUCAAUCAGGGGGAAAUAGAUGAUCCAGAAAAGGUCUCUUCCAGUUUACUCAAAUUCAUUGCUCAGAUGAAGAAAACACAUCAAGAAAUGCACAAUUUAUUGAGGGAAGUUAAAGAAACAAGAGAAGCAAUCACAGAUUUACAGAAUUAAAACAUACUUGUGAGUAUGAGACCAAGUUGUGAUCAUUCAAUAGUGUACAUGUCUACUGCACAUAAGAUGGUGUUUCUCUAACAUACACAUGUUGUUCAUGGAUUAUUUUAUAUGUAUUACUAUUAGUUCAGGAAUUCAUUUUUGCUUUGUUUUAGAUGUAUAUUCUAGUGAUUUAUGGGUAAAUGAAAAUUCCAUAACUCAAACCUGAAUCUGAAGAAUUCCAAGGACAGCUAAUUAAAAGUUUCAAAUAAUUAUGUCUGUAUUGCUCAACUGAAUUGUUAAUUGUUCUUGCAUUAAUCAUGACACAGUGAGCAUAGUUACAAAUUAUUUACCAUGUUUGCUGUAUUUACAUACUUUCAAAUGCAUUCAAAUAUAAAUGGGGUACAUGUAGACAAUAAAGAAUAAACAGCAAAAAAGGGGGGGGGGUGUUUGUUUUUGCAAAUGAUUGACACAACAGCUUAAUCAGCAAUUUAUAUAAGAUGAGAUGUUAGAAAACUCCCUAUUGAUGAUUCAGGAACUGUGUGUCAGAUUUCACAACUUUCCUUCAAUGCUUGCAUGCAGGAAACAUAAAGAAUUGCUUGGUGUGUGUGUGUUUGAUGACGUAAAUGUACAAUUUACUAAAAAACUGUUCAAGUCUUAUUUUAAUUAAUUAUGCAAUAAACAAAUAAAGUGAUGAAGUGAGUGGAGAGCCAGCAGAAAUGUGUAUUCACAUUAGAGAUUUCUGGCCAGAUUUAUUAACAGCUUGCCCCAGAGCAAACCCUCUUUUGGUAUUAAAAACCCCAGCUAACAAAAUUAUGUUAUAAGAACCUUCUCUAAAUAUUCAGUGUUGGUUCUGGGAACGUAAAAAAACAUCCAGUUUUCUUGAUGUUAGAGGAACGUUUUUAUACACUCUCAGAAAUAAAAGUACAAAAUUGUACCUUUAGGGGUACAAUGGUACUAAGGUACAAAUUAGUUAUAUAUACAAUAAUAUAUUAUAUACUUGUACAUAUGUGUCCACACUACAGGGUGUUAAAAGUAACACUGAAGCAGUGUUAAAGUUAAUGAGAUAAUUGAUUGAUGAUUGAGUGAUGAUUGAGCAUU